AAAUUGAACAUGUUCUAAACAAAAUUUAAAUAUCAAUUAAUUUUAUAUUUUUCAGUUGGAAUUACACAACAAUAAUAUCAGUAAAUUAGAGCCAAAUGUUUUACAAUUUCUAAACAAUAGUCCGUCGUUAACAUUGCAUGGAAAUCCAUGGAUAUGCGAUUGUGAUACGAAAGAUUUACUUAGCUUUAUACAAACGAAGAUUUCAGACAUUCGUAAUUCUUCCCUAAUUACUUGCAAAGAUAUGAAUAUUUCGAUGAUAAAAAUGACAGCAGCAGAUUUCUGUCCCACUUACACUACGUUAAUCGUAUCAUUAAGUUUUUCUUUAGCUGUCUCAGGUAUGAUAAUUGGUCUGCUAGCAGCAAUUUAUUAUAGAUAUCAACGAGAAAUUAAAGUUUGGCUGUAUGCACAUCAAUUUUGCUUAUGGUUAAUAACAGAAGACGAAUUAGACAAAGAUAAAUUGUAUGAUGCAUUUAUAAGUUAUUCACAUAAAGAUGAAGAUUUUGUUGUGAAUGAAUUAGUUUCAAAAUUAGAAAAUGGACCUAAACCAUUUAAAUUGUGUCUGCAUUUUCGUGAUUGGCUAGCUGGAGAAUGGAUACCAACACAAAUUGCGCGUUCUGUUGAAGAAUCUAGGCGAACGAUAGUAGUUCUAUCACAUUUUUUGGAAAGUGUUUGGGGACGAAUGGAAUUUAGAGUGGCGCAUUGUCAAGCACUUAGCGAACGUAGAUCAAAAGUUAUUUUAAUUUUAUAUGAUGAAAUUGGUCCCAUUAAUAAUUUAGAUCCAGAACUCAAGGCAUAUAUGAGCAUGAAUACAUAUGUAAAAUGGGGUGAUCCUUGGUUUUGGGACAAAUUGCGAUAUGCGUUACCACAUACUGAAUUUACAAAGAGUGUUAUAAGAAAAAAAAUUUUUCAAAAGCACCAACCAUGUAUACAAAUUAAAGGCGAGAAGAAAGAGCUAAUUUAUCCAAUUGAUACUCUUGAAACACUUCCUGCAACAAACACUCCACCAGCAGAUACUCUUAAAACAUUUAUAUGUGAUAAGAAGGACAGUGAUAAUAAAGAGAAUUCUCAAAAUCUUUCUUCAUCAGAUUGCAACACCAAACUUAUUCUUUCAACAGAA